UAGUGUGUUCCAGGUAGCAUAAAACUUUCUUGUGACUCUGUUGUACAGUAGUUUGCGAUUAUGCUCAGAUGAGGACCCAACAGACUGAUGAAAGAUGAAGACCUACAUUUUUCUUGUGGUGAACUUGGCACUUACAUCGGUAUUUUCCGUAAAUAAUAAUGGUCCACGGUUCGAGGAAAUUGGUGAAGACAAGGACAUCACGGUCAUAAAUAAUGGGUCAUUACAGGAUGAUAUUCUGAAGCUGGAGGUCCAAAGGAGUGCUAUUUUUUACAAGGAACGACACUGGACCUCUCCAGUCCCAUAUGUUUUGGAAGAAAACCUUGAGAUGAAUGCGAAGGGUGUCAUCCUGAGAGCAUUCGAUCAGUUCAGGCUGAAGUCAUGCAUCGACUUUACACCGAGGACAUCUGAGAACUAUUACCUUUCUAUCCAAAAGUCGAACGGAUGUUAUUCAUACAUUGGCCGAGUAAUACAGAACGGACAGAUUCUCUCCAUUGGGCAGUACUGUGAUGAAAUUUCCACAGUUGAACACGAGAUUCUGCACGCUCUCGGUUUCUUCCAUGAACAGUCCAGAUACGACAGAGAUAAUUAUGUGAUCAUCAGAUUUGAGAACAUCCUGGAAGGUCGUGAGGGAAACUUUGACAAAGCUAGUGAAGAAUAUACUACCACCAAUGGAGUCAUGUACGACUACUGGUCAGUGAUGCACUACGGUGCAUAUGCAUUCAGCAAUGGCAAUGGGACAACAAUUGAAACCACCAAAAACAACUCAAGAUUUCAGUCUAUUAUUGGCCAAAGACUGGAAAUGAGUCCCAGUGACGUUCUGGAGCUGAACCUUCUCUACGAAUGCAACUCGACCAUUGCAUUUAAGAUGCACUGCAGUUUCUCUGAUGCAGCCAUGUGUCAAAUGACCCCCUGUUCAAGGACAAACAAUCACUGGAGACGUGUAAAAGCUGCUACUGGGGGUCCUAACUCUGACCACACCAGCCUUCCCACAGGCAAUCACGUAACUGGAGAACACCCAGGAUACUUCAUGCAUGUCAGCACAGCGUCUGGUCAGGAGGGAGACUCAGCCAGGCUCGAGACCAAAAGGAUGAAAGUCAAUAGGCAGUGCCAUAUCCAGUGUCUGCAGUUUUACUAUUUCCACAGUGGAAACCCAUCAGAUGUGCUCAACGUCUGGCUCAGGGAGUUUCAUGAUGAGACGGAUGUGACAGGACACCGCCGUCUUGUGGGACAGAUCACUGGUCCUCCGACAUCCCAUUGGCAGAUCCAUCAUGUUUCCCUGAAUGCCUCUACAUUUUUCCAGGUGGAGUUUGAGGUUCGUAAAGGAACAGGAAGCUCAAGCGGCGGCAUUUCUAUUGAUGACAUAAAUCUGUCAGAAAUCGAGUGUCCACACGUAACCAUGCAGAUUGAUGAUUUUAAAAAUGUUCUGAACUCCAGUAGCUAUGGAUCCGUAAUAUAUAGCCCACGGCAGUACUCCACUACAGGUUAUGCUUACAGAGUGGGGGUAAUCUUGUACCAAACUUAUGCCGGAGUGUUCGUGCAAAUGAUGUCUGGUAAAAAUGAUGACCACCUGGAGUGGCCAGUCCAUAAUAGACAGGUGACCCUCAUGAAUGUAGAUCAAGACCCUAACAUCCAGGAGCAGAUGUCCAAGCAAAGAAGUAUCACUGCUGACAGAACAACUAGCUAUUCUGGAGGCCUACUCUGGGACAAUCCUCGCAAUAGUGGAGAUUCAUUUGUGGGUGAAAACAAUGAGACAGUCUUUGUCGGCCCCUUGAUUGGAAGAAGCUAUUUCGUGCAUUUUCCUGAGAUGACAUACAGAAGCUACCUCAAGGGAAAUAGCGCUGUGUUUACCUUCAGCUUCCAUGAUCUCACUCCUCUAGUUAAUGGAAGUGAACUGCCAUGUCCAGUGGCAAAAGCAGCAAAGAUUACACAUCCCCCUACAGAUCGGGAUCAAGGCCCAUGUUCACCACGACUCCAAACCACCUCCAGUCCACAUCAUACAACACAUCACCCACAUUCAACAGAAGAUCCUUAUCCAACAUAUGACCCUCCCAGAACUACAGAUCCGAGUAUUUUUGGGAAUGCUCCUGGCAAAGUGGCCUCUUUCAUCCACAUCCUCAUCCUCCUGUCAGCCCUGUUACUUUUAAUACCCUGAUGUACAUCUGCUCGCAUCUGCAUCCAGACAUGCAUGAAGAUCAGGACUGGUAACAUGAGUAAUUCAGCACUUAUACAUUUAGUUGAAAUCAUUUGUCUAGAUUGCUUUAUGAUAUAAAAUCAAAUAAAAAGAGAAGGGUGCAAUGGUUAAUGCAAAGUUGGUAGACAUUUUAUGUAUUUUGCCAUGUCUCUGCAUGAUAGUUGUUCAGCCACAUGUUAAAUAGUUGGUGUUUGGUGGUGGGACCAAAUAUUGUUAGUGGGUUAAAGCUUGUGAUACCAUUCUUGAAAUUAUGGGCAUUAUUUAUGCAUUUUCCCCAUAUUGUACUGAAACAUAAUAUUAAAAAGAAAACAAAAGAAAAGAAAAUAAAUUGUAUUACACAGUAUAACUUCAGAAUAGUUUGCCAAUGGACAUCUUUAAAAACUGACAUAUUUGUUUUUUUGUAUUUUUACAUAAAAUAAUGUUCCUAAACAUUUUUACUGUCAUUUAUGCAUCACAUUUUAAUGUUAAUUUGAGUAGGUGGAAAAGAAUGUAAUUUCUAUAAUGCAUGUGUUCUCAAAAACAUAUACAUCUUAAAUACUUUAACCAAAUAAAAGCAUUAAGGUGGAGGUAAAAGA